GGAGGCCUGAUGCUGCAGCUCACGCCCUCUGACAACACCAACCAAACAGGAACAGGGAACAAGGAAGUUGUUUCACCUGUUGCUGCCUCUGACAACUUUAAAUCCCUGAGACCUCGAUCUUUAGUGGUGUUGAGAGCCUCCAUCAUGUCAGAGGCUGAGGGCAAAACAGCGUCCAGUGACGAGGAGCUGCAGACGGUCAGUCUCUCCUCCUCCAGCGGCCCGGGGGACAGUCAGCCUGCUGCCCGGCCAGAGAGCACCGAGGAGCGGGUAGAGGCGGGAGGAGCGGACCGGCCAGAGAGCACCGAGGAGCGGGUAGAGGCGGGAGGAGCAGCCCGGCCAGAGAGCACCGAGGAGCCGGUAGAGGCGGGUGGAGCGGCCCGGCCAGAGAGCACCGAGGAGUGGGUAGAGGCGGGAGGAGCAGCCCGGCCAGAGAGCGCCGAGGAGCCGGCAGCAGAAGCGGUUCUCUCGGCCACACACGAUCCCAUCUCUGGGACCUUAGCUCCGGACCUGUUCAAACGGAGGAAGUUCUUCGUGUUGAGGCCUGGCACUCUGAAUCAGGGCAUCAAAGAUGUUGAAGCUCUGGUGGAUAAAGAAGUAGAUGGCAGCAUUCACGGCAUCUGGCUGAUGGCAGAGGUGGAUCACUGGAACAACGAGAAGGAGCGUGUUGUUAUGAUAACGGACAACUCCCUCCUGAUCUUCAAGUACGACUUUGUCAUGUUCAACUGUGACCAAGUACAGAGGAUCCCGCUGAACUUUGUGGACCGCCUCACUCACGGCACCUUCAGCUUCCCAAAGCGCUCCUUACUCCGGAGAGAAGGGGAGGGGGUGCGAGUCUUCUGGGACCGGCUGAGAGAACCCUCCUUCACCUCCAGGUGGAACCCCUUUGCCACUGACUACCCUUUCAACACCUUCACCUACCACCCUGUGAGGAACUACGAUGACAUGUUUACUGCGCUCUGCGAUAUCGACAACUUUCGUGUGCAGCUCCUGGACGCGGCACAGAAAGCCCAUGCCAUAAAGCCCGUUCCUGGGAAAGCCAAUGGUGUCCUGGUCUUGAAUCAGCCAAUCCAAAUUGAGGCCUAUGUAGGCCUUAUGUCUUUCCUGGGAAACCAGAAUAAACUGGGCUACUGCAUGGCUCGAGGAAAUAUUGGCUUCUAAACAUAAUUAAUAAUUUAUUGCUGUCUGGAAUUCACGUUGAUUCAUAUGUUUACAGAGAGUUCAUUAGUCUUGAAAGAUUGACCAGAGAUUGUUUCAGUGUUCAGGUUUGCUUUUGUUUUACGUUGAAGCCCUGCUUCCCAGGAUGAGGUGUAUGAGGUAUAAACAACUGUGUGAUCUCCCCCACUGCUUAUUACCAGUUUGUGGUGUCUGAGCACUCACAAAUAUCCACAUUUCAACACCGCUCUUCACUGGAUGACGGAUCUCCCGCUGCUCUCAAGGAGCUUUGUAUUUGCUCCUCACUGAUAUGGUAAUUCAACUCUUUUGCAACGGGACUCCUUUCUUCCUCCCCCAGUGUCUCUGCUAAAAGCUCAUUCCCAUGCCAUUCAGCCCCUUAGAGAUUCACUGGAGCAUGAGGGCACAUUUGUCAGUUUAUCAUUUGUAGUGUAUUUUUACAGUGCAUACAGUGCUGGAAUUUCCCUUUGAUUUGUGUGUUUACUGUGUGUCAUUCCGCCUUGUCUAGUAUCAUGUGUUUGUCUUAUAAGCCUGUCCCUGACAUGAAAACAUAAGCUCACAUAUUUUGUUAUCUUUCCCUAUUAUUUUUAUAAAAAGAUGUGCUGUUUUGUUAUGUGCUCUUGGUUGGUGUAAUAUGCCACUGAUAACUUGUUUUUAAUAAAUAACGUUAACGUGG